AUCUUCUCCGUCGUCAAGUCGGCUCAUGCUCUUGCUGCUUCCUACAAUGCCCUCCAAAAUCUUCAUGCGUAUAUUCGUGCUCAGAAUGAUGCUGAGGCAAAGCUGUUCGAAUCUCAGGUCCCAACAUUCCUUGGGCGCACGAAGAACCUGAAACCUUUGGAGGUGGUUCGCGACAUCGGCGGCUUUCCUAAAGGCUGCGAGUCUGAAUUUCCCACCCCGACUGUCUUCCUGCACGUGCUCGUCAGGGGUCAAGUAGAUCUAGACGGCGAGAGCAAUAAGAGCAGGAAGAAGCUCGACCUAGCUAAGAUGAGCUCGUCAAAGAUCCAGAAGGUCGAGUCUCAGGUCGACUAUGAGUUAGCUGUUUCCGCGAAUGUCCGCCUAGCCGACGAGAAGGUACGCCAUGAUUUG